UUUCUUAACCAAACCCAUAUGACUUAAAAAUGCAAGAGCGCCACAACACAAGUUUUCAUACCUCCGGAUUCCUCAAUCUCCUCUAUACAAGAUCAUGAACGGUCCAGUCCCCUCAAGCUCCUCAUGGUCGGUGAGCGAGGAGUCGCUGAGAAGGUAUGUUAGGUUCGCGAGUGAGAGCUGUAUCCAAGAGCUCUUAUCUUCCUCUGAGGCCGGACGGUCAGGGAACGCGACCAAUGGAUGGAAGAUCGUGAGGCAUGACCCGACCGGUGUAGAGAUUUCAAAACGCGACACUGGAUCGUUGCAUUCGUUUCGAAGCCGUAGGAUCCUCACAUCAGUCUCUCCGGAUCAGUUCGUCAAAGUCGCAAAUGCCAUCGACGCAGCCAAGCAAUGGGAAGGCGACCUAGUGGAAGCAACACAUAUUAGAGAAAUAGAUGAGAAUCUAAGUGUGAUCCGUUUAAGGUUUGGGGAAAACUCGAAACCACUCUUUAGGAACAGAGAGUUCAUUGUCUAUGAAAGACGUGAGACCAUGCAAGACGGCACUCUCGUGGUGGCGGUUGCGUCGCUACCAAAAGAGAUGGCAGAAGGAUUAGAGCCAACAAAGAAAAAGAAACACAACUCAUUUGUUAGAGGUUUUUUGGUUGAGUCAGGUUGGGUUUUGGAGAAGCUUGAAGAUACCUCUUGCAUGAUUACCUAUGUUGUUCAGUUGGAUCCAGUAGGAUGGUUGCCAAAGUGUUUUGUGAACAGGCUAAACACAAAGCUAGUAAUGAUUAUUGAUAGUCUUAGAAAGCUUGCUCAAGCUUCUCUACCUAAUUCUCUUCCUCCUACUUAAUUAGUACUUCGUUCUCUCCUAUUUUUUCUUUGUUUGUAUCCAUAUUUUUACAUAAAGAGUUGAAUUAUCGAUCGUA